GCUGGCAAGUAGGCAAGGAGCGACAGAAAACUAAGGAAUUUUACUGCGUUUGGAUCGGAGCAUUUACAGUCAAACUGUUUUACAACUUAGCUUCGAUUAUAUGUUUUCAUUACGAUCUCGGAUUUUUAUAUGUAACUAUUAUUUUGAUGUUAUAAAUAUCGUUUUCCAUUAGUUUGCUGCUUUUCAUGUGAUCUCUUGCUCAUAUAACUACUAGUAUUAUGGCCGAAGUAGCCCAGGAACAUUUAGUAGAAAUCGACCCGGAUUUUGAACCACUCUCACGGCCCCGCUCAUGCACUUGGCCCCUGCCUCGACCGGAGUUCAUAAAUCCAGGAGACUCAAACACAUCCUCGCCAGCCCCGUCAGUGAAACAGGAACCCACCAGCAGUUCCGACUUUAUUAGCAGUCUGAGUUUGUUGGAGGAGACUGAAGAUUUUCCUGAGCAAAAGCAUAACAACUUGUGCAAUGAUUUCAAGUGUCCGGAUAACUGUAUCCACGACCAGCCCAGUCAACAUCAGCAACAGCUCCCAAACCCUCAGCUCUCGCAUCAGCAACAGGUGUCUCUCUUGUCCUCUCCAGUCGGCUCAACAUCCUCAGUUGCGGCGACUGCUGCUGCCGCUGCCCAACGUAAAAGUAGCUCAUCUCGUCGUAAUGCGUGGGGAAAUAUGUCAUAUGCUGAUCUCAUAACUAAAGCUAUUGAGAGUUCCCCAGAGAAGCGCCUCACCUUGUCUCAGAUUUACGACUGGAUGGUGAAGAGUGUUCCUUAUUUCAAGGACAAGGGAGACAGCAAUAGUUCUGCUGGUUGGAAGAACUCCAUCAGACACAACCUGUCCCUGCACAGUCGUUUUGUGCGUGUGCAGAAUGAAGGCACGGGUAAGAGCUCCUGGUGGAUGCUCAACCCAGAUGGAGGAAAGAGCGGCAAGUCUCCCAGACGCAGAGCUGCCUCCAUGGACAACAACAGCAAGUUUGCCAAGAGUAGAGGGAGGGCUGCAAAGAAAAAGGUUUUGCUCCAGGGGCCUGAUGGUGGAGGAGACAGCCCUGGCUCCUACUCCAAGUGGCCCGGUAGCCCCAACUCGCACAGCAAUGAUGACUUUGAUGCCUGGAACGGCUUCAGGCCUCGCACCAGCUCGAAUGCCAGCACGCUGAGUGGACGCCUCUCACCUUUCAUGCCCGAGCAGGAUGACCUUGGCGAUGGCGAGAUGCACAUGGUGUACCCAGGAUCCUCUGGAGCCAAGAUGACAGCCACCCUGCCCAGCCUGUCAGAGAUGACAAGCUCACUAGUUCACCACAGCUCGGAGAAUGUCAUGGAGAACCUUUUGGACAACCUCAACCUGCUCUCCCCCAAGAACUCUCAAGCGGGCAGUGGUGGCACGGUCCAGGUUUCCUCCCAAUCUUCCCCCUCCACCAUGAUGCAGAGUAGCCCUGGCUAUCCCCCCUUCAGCUCCUCCAACAUGGGCCCCCAGCCCCAGCAGGACUAUCACAAGUGCAUGUAUGGCCAGGCAGGGAUGACGAGCCUGUCCCCCAUCCCCAUGCAGUCUUUGCCUGAGAGCAAGCCCAGCUACGGCCCCUCUUUGGGCCCUUACAGCUGCCCUGCUGGCCUGCUGAAAGAGCUGCUCACCUCUGAUGCAGACCCUCAUGGGGACCUCCUGCCCACAGUGGAGACAGUGGUCUCCCAACCCAAUGGGGGCCGCAUGCUGCCCCCCUACAGCACCGGGCAGCAUGGAGCCAAGCUGAUGGGAGGGGGUAAUCCUCACCCACAUGGUCUUCACCACCCCCACACUCACACAGGACACACCCAAGCCCCUCCCGCUUCAGUGGCUAUGAACGGACGCGCACUCAUGUCCUUGUCCAGCAUGAGCCACAGCGGGGGCUCGGUUUGCCUGCCCAUGGGGAAGAGCCCCAUGCAGAUGCCCUACGGCCUGUAUGCCCACCUAGGGAGCGGGGGGGUGCCUGGGUACUGCCCACUCAACCCCAACGGCUACGGGCGACCCAGCAUGCCCAUGAUGCCCCACCCAGAGAAGUUGCCUAGCGACCUGGAUGACAUGUCCAUCGAAAGGUUUGAGUGUGAUAUGGAGUCCAUCCUCCAUGACACUCUGAUGGACGGAGACUCACUUGACUUUAACUUUGAGCCCAUAGCCUCCCAGCAGGGGUUCCCUCAUGGGGUGAAGAGCACCACACACAGGUGGGUGUCAGGCUAGAGGACUAGACCAGGACAGAGCAAUGACAAACCCAGGACACUCUCACACAUAUUGAUAUCUUGACCUCAAAGCUCACUGAAACUGUCUUAUGAAUUGUGCGUGGUACAGGACACAAUUGUUAUGCAUCUCAGAAUGGCAAAUUUCCAAAUCCCAAAAAGCUACCCUCGUUCAUCCUUAAGUGCCCUGCUCAAUCAUCUGCGCUAUAGACAUAAAGAUGUCAUGAAGACUUUUUCUGUUUUCUGCAGAUGAUGACCCCAGAUUUCAAAGCAACAUGAGCUAUUUCUCAGAAAUACAAUCCAAGUGCCAAACGCCUUUGUCUUCAUUUCUGCGUCACAAUUCAUUGCAUAUAUUUAAAAUCCAUCUCUUCAGUUUAAGAAAAAUUGGGUUAGCUUCUUUAGUAACACCUUGCAGUAAGUGUUCAUUCGCUACCAUGUAACUACGUAGCAAGACGUAUUGUAACAACAUGUAGUUAUAUAGGAACCAGUAUAUAAAGUAGUUACACUUUAUUACGUUUAGGUGAUACAAGUUAUUUGGAAGGGAAACUUGGUAUGGGGGAGGCUCUCAGGGGUAAGUUAGUAGUAAUAGUAAUGUUAAUAUGAUUUGAUCUUCAUCUGCCCCUUUGCAAUAUUCACUUACACUCCUCUACCAAAAUACCUUUUACUAUAACCAGUACAGCCCCUUGACCCUUGAUACCAUGUAAUUACAUUCAAAUUCCUAUGUAUCUGCAAUUAUGUUACUAUAAGUAUUGCUGUUUAGGUACACGAUAGUUGAUGUACACUUCAUGUUACUGCUCUGUUUAUUUCAGAUUUCAAGCUUUGUCCCAGCCACAACAACCUAACAGUAAAAUAAAUAGCUGUAUACGACCUAAAUUACAUUGUGUUCCUGUUCUCUGUAAACACAGAGUUGUGAUCAGCCAUGAUCACUGCAGGAAAUUUAUAGAGUUAAUGUGACAUUGAAAGAAAAACAGCAAACAACAGCUAUUUUAUAUUUCAUAAUUUUGAACCAGAUGAAGCACACGGAAUGCACUGUUGAUUGAAAAGCUUAAGUCUUUUCCCAGGCUUUUGACUGCAUCCAUAGUAGUCAAAACUGGAAAUACAGUGCUGUGUGCUGCCCCUUUACAACAUCCACUUAUCCCUUACACCCCUACCCCAUACUGUGCCUUCUUGCACUUUUAUAAUACCUACACCGCUAACGCUAAAUACCAUUUAAUUACAUAGCAAUUCCUAUGUACUUACAAUGUUUUUACAAUAGGUAUUGCAAUGUAGUUGACGGAUUGUAAAGUUUUCCUAUCCUGUACCCUCAAUCAUUGUACAAUAUGUCAUGUUUAUAAGAUAUGAAUGUAUAUUUGAAUGUAUAAUAUAUUCUGUUUUAUUUUGUACAGUGUUUACAGAAUGACAAUACAAAGCUGAGAAGCAAAUGUGCUAUAAAUUACAAAGAAAUCCGUAUCAGAUAGUUUUAUACGGAACAGCGUGCAAUGGUACUCAACUCAACCUUAGGGUGCUUCUCAUCAGGCUGUAAACAAAGCUCACCAGUGUCUUGUAAAUACAGAAAAUAUAUUAAGUGAAAAGCCACAUGAAAAUGCGUUACUAAAUCUGAUGUAUUUUGAUUUCUUUUUAACGCAAAUUACAUUUUAAGUAUGAUUAUGAAC